AUCGAUACCUAAGUCUAGAAAUGGAAUUGAUGCAUACGGAACCAGAAGGCGCUUGUCCCACGUAGCUUAAAAGAAAAAAAAAAAAAGCUACCGCAGUCUACAGUAUACUUACAUCAUAAGCACGCGCUUUCGGUUCACCGGCAUGUUUAACGGCUUUGUAUAAACGGACUUGAAGAAAAUUACGUUAUUGUUGUAGGAUCUGGGCUGCGGGCCGAGGUGAAUAUUGAAAAUUUGAAAAAUGGAGGAGCUAAUGACGAAGCCCGUCGAAGUGAAGAAUUUUUUUGAACGCCACAUUCUUGCCCAACUCGUUCUUAUAUUAUGGAUUAUUUGUUUGUGGGAGCUGUAUCUCUCUAUCCGCCAGCGGAAAUUAAUGCAAAAACUGGUUGGAUUGCCAGAGGUCCUCAAUAAUUUAUUAUCCGUGGAAGUAUACGACAAGUCACGAAUUUAUGCUUUAGAUAAAAGUACCUUCAAGAUUAUUCAAGAUGUAUACUCUAUUUUUAUGGAUACGGUUUUCAUGACCUGCUGGGGCUUUUACUAUUCUUGGGAAUGGGGAAGGAACUUUGUAGAAUUUUGUGGUCUUGAUCCAAAUAACGAAAUUUAUGUGUCUAUCGGAUGUAUCACAGUGACAAGGACUUAUUCUAUGAUUCUAUGCGAUCUUCCCUUUACCAUUUAUUACACCUUUGUACUUGAGCAAAAACAUAACUUCAACAAUCAAACCGUACUAUUCUUUGUAAAGGAUCAGAUUAUUAAAUUUAUCGUAUCACAGUUUCUUAUUGCACCAUUGUUAAGUGGUAUGGUAUGGAUCGUAAAGCAAGGCGGUGAUUACUUUUGUCUUUACUUGUGGUUGUUCAUUGUCAUAAUGAGCUUAGUCUUAAUGAUGAUCUACCCAGAAAUAGUAGCUCCACUAUUUGAUAAAUAUACACCAUUGCCAGAGGGAGAUUUAAGGGUCCGUAUAGAGGAGCUGGCUUCGAGUGUUGGAUUUCCUCUUUAUAAGCUUUAUAUUGUGGAAGGGUCCCGUCGAUCAUCCCACAGUAAUGCUUAUCUUUAUGGCUUUUAUAAAUACAAAAGGAUUGUGCUAUUCGACACUCUUGUUGCUGAAUAUCAAAAGAAAAAGGUGGAUGAAGAGAAUGAGAAAAACAAAGAGUCCAACGAAGAAGAAGUCAGCGGGGAAAGCAGCAAGGAGACCAGCCGAGGCUGCGAGACCGAUGAGAUCAUUGCUGUUCUCGCUCACGAGCUUGGACAUUGGUAUCAUAGUCACACGAUUCAGGGAUUCUUGUACGGUCAGGCUAUCAUCUUGCUCAACAUUGUUUUGUUCGGCCAAUUGCUACAUUACGCAUCGAUUUACGAGACUUUUGGUUUUAUUGACGAAAAGCCCGUUAUUGUAGGACUCACUGUAAUCUUGACAUACGUGCUUGCGCCAUUGAAUAAGCUGAUGAACUGGCUGAUGACGGUGCAAUCGCGGAACUUCGAGUUCCAGGCUGACAAAUACGCCCGAAGUCUUGGACACUCGGAUGCUCUGAAGCGCGCCCUCAUCAAGCUGCACAAGGAUAAUUUGGGCUAUCCCCUCUAUGACAAGCUCUACUCCAAUUACCAUCACAGCCAUCCGCCUCUGCUCGAACGACUUGACGCCCUCCAGAAGGACGACUAAAUAAAAAGUGGAACGUAGAGAGAAGCGAACGCGCGACACCCACGCGACUACUCCAAGUCGAUCGUCUGCAUGUGUUGGGAUACACUGCGUGAGUGUUUUGUGCGUGAGUGCGCGUGCGCGUAUCCCAAGGAAAAGAG